AUGGCAUUCAUAGUCCAGACAGCAUCGGACUACCAGCACCGCUCGGAAUCGCGCAGACGAAAGCGUUCUUCUCUUCGGAAGGUGAGCCAAAGAAACUCGACGACUACCAAGGGUGGUACUCUGUACAAACCGAUCAGCGCUUCGCAACUCAAUCCUUUCCGUCCUCUACGACCCGAAGACGAUGAUCCCUUUAUCCGUGAGGUCAUCCAUGCCAUGGCCACAACGCAGUGGAAACAAGUAGCCCCUUUUCGGAACAACAAAGGCAUGUACUAUGUAGUCGACCUCAACAUCGAGCGCAUCAACCUGAAGGACAUACACUACUACGCCUUGAUAUACAGCGCGGUGCCAUACUUUGUCUACGCCCGCUUUGGCACAGCGGGCCUGGCCAACAUUCCGAAAUCUCGGCUGACGGUGAAAGGGAAAGCACUCCGCUUACUCCAGGAAGAGCUUGCCACGUGUGGUGAUAAGAGCAUCCCGGACCAUAUUUUCAGCAUCAUGAUUUCCCUUGCUUUUCAGGAGAUCAACUACGAGACCCUCCACAUCAAGGCUCCGAGCUAUCCAAGGUCUCCACUGUCGGAUUACCAGUGUCUCAGCACAGCGGGCUAUCGCAAAGUCGAGCCCGCCCAUGCAAGGUACAUGUACCGCACCGUCCUUGAGCGCGGCCUACAUAACAUCACGCCCACAGGCACGCAAUUCGUGCUCGCAAUCAACCACAAGCCUUCUUCACCCAGCGUAUUCCUGCUACUGGACCCCCUCUCAUCCCAUUCUGACAGCCGCCUUCCCACACGACGAAACAGCAGCAGCGCUCAGCGGCACGUUCGCAUCAUCCUUUUCGCAGUCAUUCAAGCACCUACACUCGCUACUCGAGAGGACAUCAAGCCUUUUCUGACCAACCUCCUCCCACUGAUAAAGAACCUCACCGUCGCCCUUGACGGCUACCGACGCCGCGCAAGCGGCUGUGGCGACGUCGCUGGGCUGAUCGCUACAGCAGAUUACGUACAGUGGCAUAUUCUUCGGAUGGGCUGGAGGGACGGGGACAGGGUGGUUGCUGAUUUGUGGCUUGGUGAGGGCGGCGCCGCUGCUGCUGCUACAUCAUCAAAGAUGUCGAUGCUACCCGCUCCUGCUCCCAUCGCCCAUCAGGACACACCACCGCCAUCAGCGUCUGCCCAAGCAUCACUGCUCUUGCAGGUCGUCCGUCUCACCACCCUGAUCUACAACGACUUCGCCCUCUUCCCUGUGUCCUUUGCCAGCCGCGUACGCUUUCAUGCGGCGAGGCAACUUUAUGUCCUUCUCUCUUCCAAUGCCGAGGACUUUCGAGCCCUUCAGCUGGAUCCCAAGUUCGAGCUCUGGGUCUAUACCAUGGGGUCGCUAGCCUGCGCACCAUUUCACAGUCCAUGGAUGGAAUCUGGAGAGGACGAGGUCGGAAGGUGGUUUUUGGAUGGUUUGAGAGGGCUGGUCGAGGCCCGUUGGGCGGAUGACGGAAGGCACGAGCCACGAGGGCACGAGGCGAGGAUGCUGGAGGGGUCAGUGCGGCGGACGAGGGGGAAGUUCUUGGACAUCAUUAGGGGCUUCUUGUGGUGGGAAUAUGUGAUGACCCGGCCGCUGAGUGAUGUUUGGGCUGAGCUGUACCCUCACGAUGUGCAGUAA